GGUGGCGCUAAUGCGCACCUUUCUUUUCAGUUUCCUAGUUCCUCUGAUAUUGUGUUUUACACGUGAAAGAAAAUGGCAUCGGACAGUCACAUAAAGAUAGGGAUAAUUGGUGGAUCUGGGCUUGAUGAUCCAGAUAUCCUGGAGGAAAGGACAGAACGGUAUGUAGGCACGCCAUUUGGAAAGCCGUCUGAUGCUCUAAUUUUGGGCAAAAUAAAGAAUGUCGAAUGUGUACUUCUUGCAAGGCAUGGGAGACAACACACCAUAAUGCCCACCAAUGUCAAUUACCAGGCCAAUAUUUGGGCCUUGAAGGAAGAGGGCUGUACUCAUCUGUUAGUCACCACAGCAUGCGGUUCCCUCAGAGAGGACAUCCAGCCUGGGGACAUUGUUUUGAUUGAUCAGUUUAUUGAUAGGACAACAAAACGUGUCCAGACAUUCUAUGAUGGGCAGUCCACCAGCCCCCCAGGUGUGUGCCACAUCCCUAUGGCUGAACCUUUCUGCAACAGGACUAGAGAGGUGCUCGUGGAGGUUGCCCAGGGACUCGGUGUGAAGUGUCACACCCGAGGGACAAUGGUGACCAUAGAGGGUCCUCGUUUCUCCUCUCGGGCAGAGAGCCUCAUGUUCAGACAAUGGGGUGCUGAUGUCAUCAACAUGACCACAGUACCGGAGGUGGUUCUUGCCAAGGAGGCCGGGCUGUGUUAUGCUAGUAUUGCAAUGGCAACUGAUUAUGACUGCUGGAAAGAGCACGAAGAGGCGGUGUGUGUGGACAAUGUUCUGAAAACCAUGAAAGAGAAUGCAAAUAAAGCGAGCAGCAUCCUGCUCACAGCAAUCCCACAGAUCUGUCAGAUGGACUGGGAGAGCACAAUAAAUGCACAAAAACUGAUGUCACAGUCAUCAGUAAUGUUGCCCAAACAUUAAAGUAUCCGGCCAUUGAGGAGCCAGCCAAGAUGUGGUGUCCACAGCUGCAAUCAUGUAUCUGUAAACAAGUGACAUUUCUACUAUUAUUAACCUAAAUAAAAAAGAAAAAUGGCUGUUAUUUUUCUCUUCAAAAUUGUGUUUGUUUAAAAUGUAAUGCAUGGUAUCAUUGCCAGAGGACAGGAUCUAUUGAUUAUCACAUUGUUUUCCAGUGCCUUUUAAUGGUAGCAGUAUAGUGUUGUUACACCUUGAAGUACCUUGGAUAAAUCAAAAUACAAGUAUAAAUAUUUUGGUUGGAUAUAAAACUAAAUACAUGUAUUUCAGAACCACAAAUAAAUAUAUGCUGUUUUUCCCUAUUAAAAUUGUGUGGGAUAUUAUUCAUUGUGCCACAUUUCAGUGCAAUGAUGAAACGCCUCCAUUUCGAGUCAGCAGCACAUUGCUUUUACAGAGUUUUGUGAAGAACAGAUGCAUAUUUGUAACAAAAAUUGGUAAACUUUGGUUGUCAGAAAUAAAUACUGUUUUCUCUUCAGUGUUUUUGCCUCGAGGAAUCGUAACAGAUCUCCGUGUAUCCUGUUUCUGUUAUAAUAUUCCUGCUUCCAAAAUGGAGGACGUCUAACUUGGAUUUCUGAUCUAAUUAUUUUCUGUUCCUUUCAUGUGAUUCGAUCAGCCAACCUGUCCCCUUGUUGUAUUCGGUCUAAUACGUAGCAAUCUCUUCAGAGAUAAACCCUCAAGUAGGCUAAUAGGUUCUCUUCAAAUAACCAUUUGUCUUUUGCACUUUGGUAAAUGUAACUGUCUCUAGGCUAGAACAAGCUUAAAAUAAUUUUACAUGUUGUUUUCUUUCUUUUAGCUGUCUUUCAUAGGUUUCACAGGUUAUUUGCAAUAUUCAGGAGGUAAACUGUGUAAAUAAAAAAAAAAAAAAUAAACUACGUUCCGCACAAUAUCAGUAUUUCUUUGCACUCAAAGCUGGCGAGGCGAUGAUAGGCUAAAGAACCCAAAUUAUGCGUUAUAAAGAAAAAUAAAAAUCACGGUGGCAUAUAGAGAGUUGCAUUUUGCCUGUGUAGCCUAUCAUAAAACAUCAUAAACUUAUCGAAAAUGUCUUUUCUCAGAGAACUGAGAAAUAUAAGCCAUAUAUUAAUAGGUUAUUUGGUUUGAGCGCAUACCCAAAUAAACGGAUGACUUCGUUAUCUUUCCUCGAUUUAACUCCAUUUAGCCCUAUAAUUCACCAUGCUAAGUAAAGAACAAAUAUUAUAGAUAUGUAAAAAAAAAUAAUUUGAUAUAUUAGCCGUAAUGCUGCGUCCAGAUACUUUUACUAGGGUGAUAUUAUCAUUAAUGUUUC